AUGUUUUUCACACUUCUCGCUUUCAAUUGACAUUUGUCCGUCAAAAUUGAGCGCCAUAGUCUCGAAUGUUUAUCACCAUUGCAAAAGGUGUUAAUUGAUAAUUACGAAGCUAUUAGUCAUUAUCACUGUCCAAGUUUAAAAAUAAGUAAUCUCAUGAUUACAUCUACUUGACCAAGCAGUAAAUUACAACCGUCUGAUAACGUGCGGAUAGAAACUGAUAGAACGUGCGGAUAGAAACAUGUACAAACAUCCGGGCACUUCAGAUCAUACAAAUAUGGCUGACAAAGCACGUAAAAAAAGAAUUGUCCUGACUCUUGAAGAAAAAAUUCAGGCAAUCAAAAAGCUUGAUGCCGGCACCCCAGCCUACAAAAUUGCUGAGGAAAUGGGCGUCGGCAAAACCCAGAUACAGACGCUCCGGAAGCGAAAGGCCGACAUUUUGAGUGACUUUGAAAACAACAUGCCCAAUUCUUCAAAACGUCGUCGUUAUCUCACAGGGAAUGAAGAAGUCAACGACCUUACAUUGGCAUGGUGUCGUGAUGUAACGGGAAGAAACAUCAACCUUACAGGUCCAAUGAUACAGACAAAAGCAAUUGAAUUUGCCCAACAGCUGGGAAAGACUGAAUUUAAGGCCUCAAAUGGUUGGCUUGACUCUUUCAAAUUAAGAAACAGUAUAUCAUAUGGGACCAUGAGUGGCGAAAGAGGAGAUGUGAAUGUUAAAACUGUGGAUAUCUAUAAUACAUUGUGUUCACUUGAAAUCUUAACACGUUUUAAAGGUUUACACAUUGUGUCUACAACAAUUCUAAACUAA